UCGAGACGAAAAAGUGAGAUGGAACGAAAAGCACUUCAUUCCGGGAUCAUUCACACAGCCUAAAUCAUUUACAGUGGAUACAGUUUGAGAUGAGCUUAAAACAUAUAUUUUCCACACGAAUCCGACUCCUCGGUAGUUGUUUUUAUAAUCAUGCAAGUUAUACUAUGUGCCAAAAAAAAUCUCUGGAAAAAAUGUUUGAAAUCAUUAGUUUUCUGUUCCUCUUUGCACUGGCCCUCUUUUCCUGGGCUGUCCUCUGUCUCCAGCAUGCGUUAGAGAUCAGGAAGCGCGCUGACCGCGAUUAUAUUGUGGAACGCAACACAGAGCCGCCCGAGGUUACAUUUGAGCCACACGAGUGCCAGAAGCCCUCAGAACCACCAGGUCCUCUAAGCGCCGCCUUAGACUUCGCAAUGAGCUAUUGGGUGAUGCUCGCCCUCACCCUUGGCCUGUCCAAGCUCCUUCAACUGGCCGGGAGGCAGGCCAAAAUCUACUUUAUGGGUCGCACUGUGGAAGUGUCAACCUUGACGGAGCAGACGCUGCAGCCUUGCCAACAGAACCAAGAUAAUCUGGAUCUGGCCGUGGUGAAAGAGAAUACAGCUCUGAAAGAACAGCUGAACGUUCUUCAAACUCACUGUCUGGAGAUGCGGGAGUUGCUGCAGGAAUUGAGACUGGGUAGCUCCAGUAGCUUAAAAAGCUCCAGUAGCCAGGAAUGUUCUCAAUCUGGAGAUGAAGAGGUAGUGACGACCGGCUCCUCCCAACCCAGCCAGAACUUAUAUAUCACAAAUAACCACAUCCACAUCUGCUGUGAUAACAAGGAAUCCUGCAGGCAGGCCGUGUCCUCCAAGUGUGGUGUGAAUACAUACAUCCCUGGUCCCAAAAAGCGACCUAUGAUAGCAGCCAUGGAUGGCAAGAAGUGACCAAAUUAAAUUUUGCAUUUUUGGGGUGGCAACAAAAAGUACAACAAAAAAAAUUUAAGUUGUUCCAGUUUCAAUUUGGAAGUGAAUUGAAUAAUAAUUUCCGAUAUCCCGUAAA